AAAUUCAAAACAAGAGAAAAUUGUUGAGCUAAAGAAUUUAGUGUACACAACAAUGGCAGAAAGUGCAAAGAAGAAAGGUCACAUAGUAAUGAUACCAUUCAUGGCACAUGGUCAUCUCAUACCAUUUUUAGCACUAGCAAGAAAAAUCCAAGAAACAACAACUACUUUCACAAUCACAAUAGCCACUACUCCUCUCAACAUUCAACAUCUUAAAUCUGCAAUUUCCACAACCAUUUCUUCAAUCAAUCUUGUUGAACUACCUUUCAAUCAUAGCCAAUAUGGUUUACCACCAAACAUAGAGAACACAGAGAAGCUUCCUUUAACUGAUAUAAUCAAACUCUUUCAUGCAUCAACAAGCCUUGAUGCUCCUCUUAGCUCUUUAAUAUCAAAGAUUACAGAACAAGAGGGUCAUCCUCCACUUUGUAUUAUAUCAGAUGUUUUUCUUGGUUGGGUUACCAAUGUUGCUAAGAGUUUAGGUACAAGGAAUAUAACAUUUACAACUUGUGGCGCUUAUGGAACUAUGGCAUAUAUCUCUAUUUGGUCUAAUCUCCCUCAUAGGAAAACCGAUUCUGAUGAGUUUUGGGUUCCAGGGUUCCCUAAAAACUACAGAUUCCACAGAACGCAGAUGCAUAGAUUUCUAAGAGAAGCUGAUGGAACUGAUAGCUGGUCAAAAUUCUUCCCUCCACAGAUAGCACUUUCUAUGAAAUCUGAUGGAUGGAUUUGCAACACUGUUGAAGAGAUUGAGACUUUUGGGCUGCAACUAUUGAGGAACUAUAUUCAACUUCCUGUUUGGUGUGUUGGUCCUCUUCUUCCAUCAACUACAAAGGGUUCAAACUCAAAGCACCGUGCAGGAAAAGAAUCCGGCAUAGCUCUUGAAGACUGCAUUGAAUGGCUUGAUUUGAAAGAAGAGAAUUCUGUUCUUUACAUUUCUUUUGGAUCACAGAACACCAUAAGUUCCUCACAAAUGAUGGCAUUGGCUGAAGGGUUGGAAGAAAGUGAGAAACUUUUCAUUUGGGUGAUUAGACCGCCUUUUGGUUUCGACAUGCACGGAGAGUUUAAGGCAGAAUGGUUACCAGAAGGAUUUGAAGAGAGGAUGAAGCAUAGCAAAAGGGGUUUGUUGGUGCAUAAAUGGGGACCUCAGUUAGAGAUUCUAUCACACAAAUCAACAGGAGCAUUUCUAAGUCAUUGUGGAUGGAAUUCUGUUUUGGAGAGUCUUAGCAAUGGAGUGCCAAUUAUUGGUUGGCCACUUGCAGCAGAGCAAGCAUACAAUGCAAAGAUGUUGGUGGAAGAAAUGGGAAUGAGUGUAGAGCUGACAAGAACUGUGGAAAGUUUGAUUUCUAAGGAAGAUGUGAAGAGGGUUAUAGAAAUUGUUAUGGAUAAAGAAGGGAAGGGAAAAGAGAUGAAAGAGAAAGCAAAUGAGAUUGCAGUACACAUGAGAAAGGCAACAUUAGAGAAAUGUGAAGAAAAGGGGUCUUCAUUGAGAGCAAUGGAUGAUUUUGUUAGAACCAUUUUACAAAUAUAAUGCUCUAUUAACUGUUGCAUUUGUCUUUGAGAAAUAUAAACUGAUCAAUAAUCUUUUAACAUCAGAUUUUGAUGAUGUUAUUACUAUGAUAUGAAGGCAAUGUAUGGCAUUGAAUGACCAUUUGAAAAAUGAUCAAUUGGCGCUUACAGAAUAAUAACCAUUGGAAGUUCUGAUUUCAUAUUCUCAGUUCCUAAUGAAAA